AUGGUAGUUACUGCCCAUUUCAUUGAUUAUGAGUGGAAGCUUCAUAAGAAAAUCCUUGCAUUUGUCCCUGUUACUUCUCACAAAGGUGAAUAUCUAGCCAAAGCCCUAGAAAAUUGUUUGCUUGAGUGGGGGCUUAGAGAUGUGUAUUCUAUGACUGUUGAUAAUGCAUCAUCAAAUGACACUGCUAUGGUUUUUCUGAAGAAAAAAAUGAUGUCUUGGGGAUCAUCUACUGUGAGGACAAAGUAUCUUCACAUGAGAUGUAUUGCCCAUAUCUUAAACCUAGUAGUUCAAGAUGGUCUUAAGGAUUGUGAUAGUUCAGUUAAGAAGGUUAGGGAGGUGGUUAGAUAUGUUAGAAACUCUCCUGCUAGACUCAAGAAGUUCAGGGAUUUGGCUGAUUGGUUGAGUAUUGAACAAAGGUCUUCUUUGUGUUUAGAUGUUCCAACCAGAUGGAACUCUACCUAUUUAAUGUUGCAGUCUGCAUUAACUUACCAAAAAGUGUUUGAAUCUUUGGAGUCUGAUUGCUCUUUCAAGUCUGAUUUGGGUAAUUCAAUUCCUGAUUUUAUGGACUGGGAAUCUGUUGGCAGUUUGGUUCAGUUACUGAAGUGUUUUUAUGACAUGACCAUUAGAAUUUCUGGUUCUUUAUAUGUCACCUCAAACACUUUCUUUAUUGAGAUUUCUGAUCUGUACUGCCUAUUGAAAGGCAUGGUGGAAGUUGGUGGGCCAGUUGGUGUGAUGGGGAAAAAUAUGAAGGCAAAAUUUGAGAAGUAUUGGGGUGAUGUGGAAAAAAUGAAUCUAAUGAUAUUUUUUGCAAACAUUCUAGACCCUAGAGACAAGUUAGAGUAUAUGCCUACUCAGUUUAAUCAUAUGUAUGGUGAGGAAAAGGGUCAAACAUUCUAUGACAAAGUAGUUGCUGGUCUUGUUGAGUUAUUUGAUGAUUAUUCUACAUCUGCCUCUUCUUCUGUCCCUUCUGUGCCUGUCCCUUCUGUGUCUGUGUCUGUACAGCCUACAUCUGCCUCUUCUGUUUCUGUUGGGAAGCCACAACAUUUUCUGAAGUCCCAAAUUAAAAAUCAAAGAAUGGAGUCUGGGGGUAAGAAACAAACUGAGUUGGAUAUGUACUUGAGUGAGGGAAUAGUUGAAGAGGAAGAAUCUUUUGAUAUACUUGGAUGGUGGAAGAUCAACUCUGCUAGGUUUCUAGUUCUGUCUAAGCUUGCUAGGGAUGUCCUAGCCAUUCCAAUCUCCACUAUAGCCUCAGAAUAUGCCUUCAGUACUUCUGGAAGAGUAUUGGAUCCUUUUAGGAGUUCUUUAACUCCAAAAAUUGUGGAAGCAUUGGUGUGUACACAAGAUUGGCUUAGAAAGCAAAAUACUCCUUUAUGUAUUGAGGAGAAUCUGGAAGAGUUGGAGAGGUUUGAAAAAGAGUUAAGUGGUGAUGGUAGAAGUGGGAGGUCUCUUGGUUCUACACUUGCUACAAUUCCUUAUUUGACUGUUUAA